AAUGGCCUGUUUCCGUGGCAACCGGGAGGAAUUUUAUGGAGAAGUCCUCCUAUUGGACGAGAGGAAGAUGACACUAACGGCCGAGCAAGGCAUCAAGAAAUCUUCGAAGGCGGCGGCCAUCUUGCAGCAGGUGUUUUCUCACCUGAAUGUGGUUCAAGUCGAAUUCUUCGGUUUGAGAUUCUGUGAUAACAAACAACAGACGUUCUGGUUGGAUCCUUCAAAAACUCUUUUACAACAUCGAGACCUCGUUGGGCCACCAUACAUUUUCUACUUUGGUGUCAAAUUUUAUGCUGAGGAUCCAUCCAAACUGAAGGAGGAAACUACACGGUAUCAGUUUUACCUGCAGGUUUGUCAGGAUGUCCGCAGAGGUCGUCUGCUGUGCCCACCCCACCUCAAACCUCGACUCUCUGCUCUGAUGCUGCGGGCGGAGCGUGGUGACUACAGGGAGGAUGAAUCGAUUGACUCUGAGGAAAAUCAGGAAGUACAACAAAUCUACAAAACACUGAGCAGUGUCUCUCAUGCUCAGGCUCAGUGUCUCUUACUAUCUCUCUGCAGCUCUCUGCAGAUGUUCGGGGUCUCUCUGUUCGCCGCCUAUGGUGAGAACCAAACUGAGUACUUUCUGGGUCCGACUCCAGCGGGUGUGGUCAUCUACAAAAACAAAGUGCUAGUGGGAAAAUAUUUCUGGCAGAGAAUCUCCAAACUUCAUUUUAAAGGCAAGACCUUUGAGCUCAGAGUCGUUGCGAAAAAAGGUUCAGAGACGUCCUUCUUCUUUCAGACAUCAGAUCAAGCCGACUGUAAACGUCUGUGGAGGUGUUGUGUGGAGCAUCACGCCUUCUUCAGGAUGUCAGAGUCGAUUCCAUUAAGAUGCAAACUGAAACACAACAGUAUUGCUCGUUUGCCCACUCUGGCUAUUCCUUGGCUGAACGUUGGAGUGCUGAGACACAAAACAAUAAACAACAAAACAACAGAUCUCUGUGUGAGACCAAAACAUCACACCAGUCAGACAGCCGGUGUCAGCAAGGAACCAGUGACGAUGCAUACAGCGCCACCUGCUGUUCAGAG